GGACUCCUGGACGUUCUAGUCUCCCAUCAAUUCGCUCCUCCACACAUCCAAUUCGAGAAUUCUCUAUAUAGCUUCGUCGCCCUUCAUCUGCAAAUAAUUGAUCGAGAGAGCCUCAUUUUUUUUCCGAUCCUCUACAGGACUCGUUGUUUGGAUCUGAUUUGAUUGUUGAAGCUUGCAGCAAGAAUAUAUAUCUUCACCGGUGGUUGUAAUUCUUCAUAUAUCCAUCGUUGGUUUUUUCCAGGGAAAAUUGAAUGAUCUAAUGGAAUCAAAGGGUGGGAAAAAGAAGUCUAGUAGUAGUAAAUCCCUAUUCUACGAAGCUCCCCUUGGAUACAGCAUUGAAGACGUUCGACCACACGGAGGUAUCAAGAAAUUCAGAUCUGCUGCAUACUCCAACUGCGUCCGAAAGCCAUCCUGAGAUCCCCCAAGCCUCGCGAUAACCACAUCCUGUUGUUCAAAAGAAUUGUGUUUCAACCUCUAAGCUCUACUUCCUCUUUUCUUUUCUUCUUUCCUCAUCCUUGUUAUUUUCGCUUCAAAACAGCACUUCUAUCUAGUUAGUCGAAAUGGCAUUGCCAAUCUCUGCAAUUGGAUUUGAAGGGUACGAGAAGAGGCUCGAGAUUUCUUUUUCUGAGCCUGGUGUAUUUGCUGAUCCUGGCGGGUGCGGCCUUAGAUCUCUUUCCAAAGGCCAAUUGGAUGAAAUAUUAGAACCUGCACAGUGCACCAUUGUCUCCUCUUUAAAGAAUGACGAAGUUGAUUCCUAUGUCCUAUCAGAGUCUAGCCUCUUUGUUUACUCAUACAAGAUAAUACUGAAAACUUGUGGGACUACGAAACUGCUGCUUUCUAUCCCACCCAUCCUUAAGAUGGCUGAUUCACUUGGACUGACGGUGUGUUCUGUUAGAUACACCCGUGGAAGUUUCAUCUUUCCAGGCGCUCAGCCCUUUCCCCAUAGGAGCUUUUCAGAAGAAGUGGCUGUUCUGGAUAGCCAUUUUACUGUACUUGGUCUGAGCAGCAAAGCAUAUGUGAUGGGUGGUGAUGAUGAACAUGAGAAAUGGCACGUCUACUCUGCCUGUGCCAAAACAAGCGAGCUGGCUCCUGUUUAUACCCUGGAGAUGUGCAUGACCAAUCUGGACCAGAAGAAAGCCUCCGUUUUCUUUAAGAGCCAAUCUGACUCUGCGGCUGUAAUGACUGAAGUUUCUGGCAUCAGGAAAAUCCUUCCAGACUCUGAGAUAUGUGAUUUUGAUUUUGAUCCCUGUGGUUAUUCCAUGAAUGCAAUUGAGGGGGCAGCAAUCUCUACAAUUCACAUCACCCCUGAAGAUGGCUUCAGCUAUGCUAGUUUCGAAGCGGUUGGCUAUGAUUUCAAGCAAUUGGAUUUGACUCUACUACUGGAGAGGGUGUUGGCCUGCUUCAAGCCAGCGACGUUUUCUGUGGCUUUGCAUGCCUCUGUUGCUGAGAAGGAACUGGACUCUGAGUUCACACUGGACGUGAAGGGAUAUACCUGUGGAGGAAGGAGCUACAAAGUGCUUGGAGAUGGAGGAGCAAUGAUGUACAACAGUUUCACUAGCCAAGGGAGCUGCGGAUCCCCCAAAUCAAUUCUGCAUUGCUGUUGGAGUGAGAACGAGGAUGAGGAAGUUGAGAAGAAAUGAUCUCAUAUUAGCCCAUGUUUGAUUUACUACUAAUUGCCGUAUAUUACUCUAUGGUUGAAAUGUUUUUCUUAGGAGCCUCUGGGUGUUGGAGAAUGAAUAAAUUGCUCAUGUCUCUCUCGGUCUGUAUUUGAGCAAACCUACUAGUUAUUAUGUUACUUUGUAUUUUGUAAUAAAACUUUGAGAUUGUGUGGUUUUAAUGUCCUACUUUCAUUGCA